AUGCAGUGGUCCAUCCUCCCUCUGGCAGGGCUGGUCGCCGGUGUGUACGCAGCAAAGAACUGCACCGUGGCCCGCUUGACUGAGUUGCUUCCCGAAAACUCAACAGUCUUCUAUGCCAACGACUACCCAGCUCACUACAAUUUCACCCCACCAGUUAGCCUGAACUAUGGCUCAACUUCCAGCCCCAGGGGUAUCAGCGCCUAUGAGCUUCCCGUUGCUGCAUGCAUCGCCCAAGCGAACAUCACCCUGCCAAACAACACCCAGCAUAGUGUUGGCUUCGUUCUACCGGACGACUGGAACGGCCGCUUCCUCGCCAAUGGCAACGGUGAAUUCUCCGGCUCAAUUGGCUGGGACGCUAUCGUCUCUCUCCUGGCUCUGCAGAACUGGGGCCACGUUGCCCUCCACAAUGCCGUCGGUCUGAAGGAAGUCGAAGAAUAUCCCGAGGACUUCGACGGUGUCAUUGCUGGUGCUCCCGCAUGGUGGACCUCCCAUCAGCAGCUCUGGAACGUCCUAACAGCCAUCUGGAACCUCCCCGAAACGGCAGACUACCAUGUCACAAGUGAUCAGAUGUCUGCUGUUGCUGCCGAGAUUCUCAAGCAGUGUGAUCCCCAAGACGGCGUGAAGGACAAUAUCCUCCAGAAUCCCUUUGGUUGUGUCUUGGACAUUACCACCCUGGCUUGUAACUCGACGUCUAGCAACGAUACUUGCCUUACAUCCCCGCAAAUCGGCACAGUCAACAAGCUCUUCAACCCCUGGGUGGACGCGAACGACACCUUCGUCUUUCCCGGGUACACUCUUGGUACCGAAGUUGGCGCCCCAUCCCUCGACGCCGACUUCGUCACGUACAUCCAAUAUAUGCUCCAGCUUGGCGGCGACUGGACCUGGGAGGACUGGAACAGCCAAGAGUUGAUCGCACUCUCUGAGAAGCUCAACCCCGGGAAUGCGACCGCCGACAACUUCAACAUCUCUCCCUUUUACGAAAAGGGCGGCAAACUGAUCCAUUAUCACGGAUACUCGGAUCCAAGCAUCGCAACGGGCUCCUCAUUCUACUUCUUCAACCACGUUGUGGAGGCCCUUAAGCCGAAGGGGAUCCCGAUUGAGUCAUUCUAUCGUUUCUUUCCCGUCCCGGGUAUGGAGCACUGCACGUUCUCGCCGGCGGAUCAGAACGCCCCGUACUAUUUCAACGGUGCGGACCAAAGCGGCUCGCUGAGUGGUACCCACUGGGGUGUUCCUGGUUUCAAUGAUUCGAAGCAUGACAUUGUUCUGGCGAUCAUGGACUGGGUGGAGAACGGGACCACGCCGGAUUAUCUUAUCCCUACGAAGUGGUGGAAUGAUGAUCCUGCUGAUGGCGUGGAGAUUCAAAGACCUAUCUGUCCUUAUCCCCAGCUCGCGCUGUACAAUGGUACCGGUAACACUAGCCUUCCAGAGAACUGGCACUGUGGGACUUUGUACUAG